AUGCUUCGAAUUAAUAUUCGAGACAUCUCAAAUAAACUUAUCGAAUCCUACUUCCCCGAACUCCGCGCUUCGGAACAGCGGGUUCAGUUUCUCCCUGUUGAGUGGCGUAAUUCCCUUCGUCUCGAUGGAAACAUUUUAGACUCCAUCACCCUUGGCAAUCUUGCUCGUUUGCGCACAUUCCUUAAUUGUACUUUUAUGGAUAUAAUGUAUUACACCAGCCCUUUGUAUCGAUAUGAAAUCAACCAAAGUCUUCGAAUAGAACUUAAUCGACUCUAUUGCCUAUUCUGUGAGAGGCAUCCCUACUUUGAGCUAAAUGGAGGAAAAGUCUCAAUCUUGGCACAUUCUCUUGGAUGUGUCAUCUCUUACGAUCUCAUCACUGGGUGGAUUGAACCGGUCCCUUAUGAUCAAUGUUUGGAGCAAAUUCAAAAUUCGUGUGAAGUCAAUGAAAAUGAAGAUUCAUCCGUUCUUUUGGCCAAACUUGAGGCUGCAAAAGAAGCAGUGAAAUGUCUUGAAACCCAACUUGAGAGGCGGAAAAUGAAUGCACUUACCAAUGGAGCUUCGGAUGAUAGUCAUUCCCUCAUUUUCGCUUCUAGGGUGAGUUAA